GUCUCUCGGGAGGCUGGAUUAGCCACAAGUUGUGGUGAACAAGGGUAAAAUUCGGUGUGCCUCUUACUCUUCUCUUUACUUCUCUUUUAAUUUUUUAAUUCCUGCGAUUUCUACGAUCAAACGCUAUUCACCCCCCCUCUAGCGUUGGUCACUUAUUCUAACAAUUGGUAUCAGAGCCUAACUCGCGUCCAAACUUAACCGUUUGAGAGUAAAGCGAUCAUGGGUUCUUCUUCUAGAAAUCUCUAUGUAGGAAUUGGAGAAGGUCAGUCUACGUCUAGGCCACCACUCUUUGAUGGCACCAACUAUUCCUAUUGGAAGGAACGGAUGAGAAUCUAUAUCCGUUCCACCAACUUCCAAUUAUGGUUGGUCAUCAAAAAUGGAGAGCAAAUCCCAAUGAAGAAAGUAGGAGAAACCACAGUCCCAAAAACCGAGGACGAAUUUGAUGCCGAGGACAUCAAAAAGGUGGAGAACUACGCCAAGGCAAUCAACAUGCUGUACUAUGCCGUCAAUCCUAAUGAUUAUCGCAAGAUCUCUUGCUGCACCACUGCAAAAGAAAUGUGGGACAAGCUGGAGGUCACAUAUGAAGGUACGGACCAAGUUCGGGAAGCCAAAAUUGACUUCCUAACGCAGGAGUAUGAGAUGUUCAGAAUGAAGGAAGGCGAAAAGAUCGAUAACAUGUUCGAUCGGUUCUCAAAGAUCAUCAACGACCUUCAUGCACUCAAGAAGACCUACGCCAACAAGGAUCUUAAGAAGGGAAUAGCGCUGAAAGCAACCAAGGAGACCAUGGAAGAAGCUUCAAGCGAUGACGACAACGAGUUCGGACUCGUCAUCAAGAAAUUCCACAAAUUCAUGAAGAAGGAAUUUGAACGGAAAGGAAGAAAGCACGACGGUCCCCCAAAGUGCUAUGGCUGUGGCGAGAUAGGCCACAUCUAGCCAAGAUGUCCAAAAGGCAAAAGCAGCAAGGACAAACCUGGCUUCAAAAAGCAACGAGCCUAUAUCUCAUGGGGUGGCGACUCCGGCGACGAGUCAACUGAUCAAGAAGAGGAGGAAGCCGCCAACCUCUGCCUCAUGGCGCAUGAAGAUCAAACCGACGACAUUCAAGAGGUAUGUACCAUUUCUUCCGACUCUUAUACUUUUGAAGAAAUGCAAGAAGCACUUCAUGAGCUUUAUGACAAAUUUGUUAGCGCUUCUAAAACCAAUAAAUCAUUAAAGAAACGUCUUUUAACCCU